CUGUCGACCUGUCGAACGUGUAAGCCCAACGGCCGACCAACCGUGCUGAUGUAACGUCAGAUCAAUCAGCGAGAGAGAUCAGAAAUCGAAUGUGGGCAAAAAUAGAUUGCUUCCUCGCCGUGCUCGCUCGCUUGCCCAACCUUGUCCUUUUCUUUUCUUUUCUUUUCUUUUCUUUCCGGGAAUGGUAUGGUGGUACGCGGAACUGGGAGGUGAUAGUUGGGCAAAUAUUGGGAUCUGAACCAGCCAGUCUCUUGCGAGGAUUGGUUCUUUUGAAGGGGGGCAAAUUAGGUCGCUCAAGAUGGGAGGGGUGGCAUCGGACAUCGAGGACAAAGGACGAAAAGAAGGGAAAUUAGUCCAAGUUGUUGUUCACCAAGGUGGGAAGGAGUAGGAGGGAGCUGUCAUUGGACAGAGAUCGAUGUCGACGACUUGACAAACUAGAGGUAUGGAUGCCGUGUUGCCCGCCGUUCGGCUGUUGUGGAAGGUUACCUACAGACAUGCAAUCUUCUCGAGUUCGAAGACAAC